AUGGACUUCGGUCUCUCUCUCCAUGCCUCCACCGCCACGGACAUCGUCGCCUACUCGGACGCCGAUUGGGCCGGCUGCCCAGACACGCGUCGCUCCACGUCCGGCUACUGCGUCUACUUCGGACCUUCGCUCAUCUCCUGGUCCUCUAAGCGACAGCCUACGGUCUCUCGCUCCAGCGCCGAAGCGGAGUACCGGGCUGUUGCUAACGCGGUUGCUGAGGUCUCCUGGCUGCGGCAACUCCUCGUUGAGCUCUCAUGUCCUGUCGCCAAAGCCACCGUGGUCUACUGCGACAACGUCUCCGCCGUCUACCUCUCCGCCAACCCGGUGACUGAAGGAGAAGGAGGGAAGGAGCAACAACAACAGAAGUUGGACCACAUGCCGGGUGGCAUGGAAAUGCAAAACAAGUGA